UUUCUUGUGGUCUUUGGUUCACUCUCUUUACACUGUAAGAGCGAUAAGGGGAUCGGCAAGCGCUGCUGCAGUUCAGAUUUUGAAGGAUUUUUUUUUCCGGUGGAGUCUUCGGCUGUAUCACGAUGGUGGUGGAUGCGAAUCAAUCAGAAGAGCAGAGCACCGUGGAAACUACGAUGAAUGACAUCGAGGAUCUCGUUGAUGUACAAUCUUCAAUCUCUUGCUUUAUUGAAUCAUCUAUUUCUGGCUGCUAGAUAUAACGAUUUGGAUGAUGUAAAAAGGCUUGCUUCUGCUGGUGUUUGUCUCGAUUCCACGGAUUCUGAGAGCCGAACUGCUCUACACAUGGCUGCUGCCAAUGGACAUCUUUCAAUAGUGGAGUUUCUCAUAGAUAGAGGAGUGGAUGUGAAUGCUUUGAAUGCAGAGAAGAAUACACCACUGCAUUGGGCAUGUCUGAAUGGGCAUAUUGAGGUGGUGAAGAAGUUGAUCUUGGCAGGAGCCAAUUUGAGCCUGUUGAACAGCCAUGAGAAAACUCCGGUGGACGAAGCUCUGACUCGGGGGAAAAUGGAUGUCAUAGACGCGAUCAACACAGUGGCUGCGCAAAUCGAGCUCACUGGCAUUAAUGUUUCAACCGUGGAAAUAUAAUUGAGGGAAAUCAUAAUUUUGAUCUAUUGGCUUAAUGUGUUUGGAUAAAUUAUGACUCUUACAAACAUUGCUUUUAUCAGAUAAGAUGAGUUUACUGAAAUAGUCAUCCUUGUAAUGUCAUUUAAUUUCUUAGUGAUAGUUUCUGUAAAUUGGAGUUUAAUUUAGGUUUCAUCUCGAUGAUUGUGUGGUUUAAAUUUAGGUUUGUUUGUUGAUUCGACCUUAAUUAUUAGACUUAAUUAAGUUUCUUCUCUUUCAAUUUUGGAUUAAAAUAAGGAUUGAAAUGAGGUUCUGGA